AUGCAGGUGACAACUAUUUUCAUCAAGUGUAGUGUGAUGGGCGAGGAGGUACUGUCAGUUCUGAUAGUUGUGGUGUCGGUUGUGGUCGUAGUCACAGGAACUGUGUUUGUCGCCAGUGCGGGUUUCCUUCGCAUAUCCUUUGGUGCAUUGAUUGUCUCCCUGUCCUUCUCAUUGGUGUUUUCGACCCUUUCCUCCAUACUUCUGGAGGCAUCGGUGAAACUACCACAGGAGUCUUUCCCCGUUGCUCUCCUGAGGGCAAUACUCUCCGCUGCUGGAAAGCAGACGGUUUCCGGUAUUGCGCUGCUUGCCCUUCUGUUUGUUGUUGCUGCUGCAGCCGCGCGAGCCUGUGGGUUGCUGGAGGAUAUCCAGAUUCUGUUAGACGCGCACAAGGCGUUUACUGACGAAGGUGAUGCGGAAAUUGUCCAGCGGUAG